AUGCCCGAGCCAGAAGCUACUCCAGAGUUCGAGGCUACUGCCGCCGACCUCUCGCCCUACUGCCCAUCUCCUCUUCACUCUGCCGCUUCGGCCGUAGUGCCUGCUCUCCAGGAUACUGCUGAUAUCCUUGAUGCAAUGUCUUCAUCCACUCAAACUAACGGAGUUGCCCACAGUGGCAUAGACGCAGCGGCGUCUGGCCCUGUCAGUGCUGACUCGUAUGCCAUGGCCGACUUUGGCGAUGCAGAUGGCGACAACGAAGACCUCGACAGCCUGGACGAUGCGUACGGAGAGGAAGAAGAGACACACACAGAGAAGACGCAGGAGCAGCAGGCGGAACCAGACGCCGGCGAGGAUGACUACCUCAAAAUCUUCGACUCUCCUCCUCAGGAUGCGGAUGAGGAUGGCGCUGAUCAGCAUGAUGUAUCAAAGGCACCAGAAUUCAUGCACAAUUCCGCCGCUUCUGAUUCUUUGACGAGCCCUUUUCGAGUGGCCCCUCGACCUGUCGCUGAUUCCUCGUCGGCCCAACCUGCUGCUACUGCUGCCACCGCUUCCGCGCUUCCCACGACAGCUGCCGCCCACCAAGGAGCUGGUUCGAGCGCGCCUUGUUCGACUGCCAACGGUCGCAAUGACAAUGCCCUCGAGGAUGACCACGCCGCUGAUAUCUCUCGCCUUGUCGCUGAGAUGACAGGCCAGACCGAGUCUCACGCAGACCAAAGCCCUGCCGGCCAUGAUGCCCAGUCAUCCUCCAACUUGACCUCCUCAUCCUCCUCCUCCGCCGCUGCCGCCGCCGCCUCUGCUACUCUUCCUCCCAGACCCCCACUGCCCCAGCAGACGGCUCCCAUCUACCCUUCUGAAGAAUACCGAGGCUUCCACCCCCAGAAUGGCGCUUCUCAGGUCGCUCCCAACAUGAUCGCUCCCCCCACGCCGGGCCAGCCCUCCACCUACGUGUCUGCCGGUGCCCCUGGCACCACCCCGGACGCCUUUGGCAACCUCCCCCCCCCUCCUGCAUCUGGUCUGAAUGCGGCCGUCCCGAUAACUUCCAUGAAUGCGCCUCCGUAUCCCAAUCCUGCCACUCACGCAGCCGGCCAGCCGGAUGAGUCUACUGACCGCCAGAAGCACUGGGAUACUUUUGUCAACGAUGAGCGACGGUACAUGGCGGACGCGAAGUGGGAUAGGUUCCCCGAUGGCUCACGCAUCUUCAUUGGUUCGCGCUCUCUCUCAUCAGGCAGACCUGACGGCGCCAUUGACUUUUUCUCAGGCAACCUGUCAAGCGAACGCGUCUCGAAACGGGAUGUUUUUGACAUCUUUCACAAGUACGGUCGCCUCGCCCAGAUCUCCCUCAAGUCGGCCUAUGGCUUCGUCCAGUACCACAGCCUGGAAGACGCCCAGGCUGCCAUGGACAACCUUCAGGGCAUCGAGAUCAAGGGUCGCAAGAUUCAUCUCGAAAUCUCGCGUGCUCAGAAGAAGAAGGACGGCAACGAGCGCGCCCGUUCGCCGGAUCGUGGAGGCCGGGGAGGUGCCCGGCAGUCGGGACGUCAAGAUCGUCAGGACGCAGGCAACUCGCACCAAGAUUCCCGUCGCAAUCGCGAUGACUACAGACCGAGUCGCAAUUCGCCUUCCAGACGCAACGGCGGUCAUGCCCGCGAAGACAGUCACGGUCGGGAGCGGCAUCAUUACGAUGCCCAAGACCGCUCCCGUGGCCGGUCUCGUUCGCCUCAAGGUUACGGCCGCCAAAAGGACGCCUACCGCAGACGCACUCCCACCCCACCCGCUUACAACCGAGCCUCCGCAGCCGAUGACCGCCUCGACAUCCCCCGCCGCUACGGCAACCAGGUUCCUGAUGUCCAGUUCCUGCUCCUCCAAGAGCUCAGUCGCGACUUCAUUUCCUGGGUCGAGCGUGGCUUCACCGAUCGAGGAUUGAAGGUGGAUGUUAUGUUCCUUCACCCAAGCUUCCCGCGUGAGGCAAUCAUUCAAAGACAGGUGAUUGAGGGCGUCCAUGCCAUCGUGGACCUCGACAUGCACGCGCAGAACAUCGGCAAAAUCCCGGUUCGGGUUUUUGACCGCUCGGGCGGCCUGAGUGCCCGGUAUGACGACUACCGCGACAUUGACCCCCCUAUCGCGGCAGAACUCGUCCUCCGUGCCAAGUCGCAAGCGAUGCCGGCAGCUGCGCCGUACCAGAGUGCGCCCCCUCCUCAGCCACAGUACCAAGUAUACGGACAGCAGCCGUAUGGUCAGCCUGUGCCCCCCCACGCGCCCACCUACCCUGGACACCAGGGUCCUCCCCGCGGCCCGCCUCCUGCUCAGCAGCAGGCCGUCAACGCGGCGGAUCUUGCCAGUAUGAUGAGUGGCAUCGAUAAUGCAACCCUCCAGCGUCUAUUGGCCAGCAUGACCCCCCAAGGCGCCGGCCCAGCUGCUGCCAACAACGCCGCCGGAGCCGCGAACGCUCAAAUUCAGGCCCUCAUGGGAGGCAUGCAGGCGGCGCCGCCUUCAGCACCGACUCAACCUGUCUCGUACGGCGGACAAGUUUAUGCUCCCAACGGCCCGUCGUCUACCAACGGCCACCAGGCCCAAGCCGGCACCGGCGAUUCAGCCGCGCAGGUCGAGAACAUUAUGGCACAGCUCGCUCGAUAUCGGCAGUGA